AUGGACGUCGACGCCGCGCCGGGCGGCGCCUACGCUCUAAGCGCGUCGCUCGACGGCGGCUUCAAGCGGUCGACGUCCUGCUGCGCGUGGUCGCCCGACGGGUCCCUGCUCUGCGCCUGCAGCGCCGACGGCACGGGCGCGCUCUUCGGCGACGACGGGUCCGGCGGCAUGGCGGUGCGGCUGCGGCUCGAGGCCCACGCCGAGGGCAUCAACGACGUCGCCUGGAGCCGCGACCGGUCCUACGUCGUCACGGCGUCGGACGACAAGACCGUGCGGCUCUGGGACGCGGCGACGGGCGCGUGCGCGUCGUCCUUCGAGGGCCACGAGUCCUACGUCUUCUGCGUGGGCCUCAACCCGGCGAACACGCUGCUGGCCUCCGGGUCCUUCGACGAGACGGUCAAGGUCUGGGACGUCCGAGUGGCGAAGGCCGUGAAGACGAUCAAUGCGCACUCCGAGCCCGUGACGGCCGUGUCCUUCAACGGCUACGACGGCACGGUGCUCGCUUCCGGCUCCUACGACGGCCUGUUGCGCCUCUGGGACGUGGCGUCGGGCGAGUGCCUCACGACGAUCUUCGCGGAGCAGGCGGGGAGCUCCGCGAAGCACGCGCCCAUGAGCCACGCGACUUACUCCGCGAACGGCGACUACGUGCUCGCGUCGACCCACGACUCGACCGUGCGCCUCUGGCGCGUCGACGCGAACCCCUGCCGCCUCGCGCGGGUCUUCACGGGCCGCGAGUCCGCGCGCUACUGCGGGCCGUCCGCGUUCCACACGGCCCCGACGCGGGGCCACGCGGUCGUCGCCGGGUCCGAGGACGGCCACGUCCACGUCUGGGACCUGCAGAGCGCGCAGCGGACGCACACGAUACGGAACGCGCACGACGCGGCGGUCCUCGCCGUGGACCCGCACCCGACCCGGGACGCGCUCGCGUCCUGCUCCCUGUCCAAGGACCGGCGCGUGAAGCUGUGGGCCUUCGAAGCUUAA